AUGUACGAAAUAGCCUGGUUGAAUGCUGGUCGACUCUUACAGUUCAGUAAUGUAGGUAAGGUAGUCAAGAAUCAAAUCGCCGCGUUCUUCCUCGCGUCUGUCCUCGAGUCGGACAAAGAACUGGUGGCCGAUACGCUCACGCUUUCAAAUUCCACCUCCGAGUCAAUCACCAUCUGCCAAACGGAUUAA